GAAAUUUCCACGAUGUUUCCUGCUGACAACUAUGCUCAUCGGUUCUCACUUUCUCUCAGAUCUUCUGAGGUUAAGCGCUAACUACCAUGCCAUGGGCAGUGCCCUUACAUACGGUACAGUUUCCAUGAGCAUAGGAACUCAGAAGACUAGCUGUGUAAAGGGUUGCAAAUGACAUAAUGACAUUGACAACCACUGCCCUCGGUAGACCAUUUUAUUCGAUUCGAAGUUCGAAUACGUUGUAUGAUAUAUCAUUGCCAGUUACAGAUCAAGAUUUUUUACUACCUCCUUCGACUGCAGGAGCCACGCCAUGGCACCUGCGAUGAUCUUGCAUGUGCUCCUUAGGCCAGUCCGCAAAACACAAUACAAAGUAGUAGAAGUGCCCGUAGACAUCACCGGUCAUAUUCUCCGGUUAGAUGACCAUCCUGUGGCUGGAGGGUCUUUUGGAAAUGUCUACAGAGGCAUCUACAGGACCCCGUCAGGUCAAAUCCAGGUUGCUGUGAAGGCUUUGCGUUUUCUGCCUAGCGCAGAUGAUAUCAGGAGAAUCCGUCGAGAGAUCAAAAUAUGGAUGAAGUUAAAACAUCGGAACAUCGUGCCAUUCAUAGGCGUGACGGCGGGAUUUGGACCCCCUGAGACCAUCUCUCUCGUUUCGCCCUGGAUACCCAAUGGAACACUGACAAUUUUCUUGGAAACCUGUGGUGGGAAGUUACCACUAAUAUCGAAGUUAUGGCUGCUUCAUGAUAUCGCAGCUGGUUUAAAUUAUCUGCACUCAUUCCCUCUGAUCCAUGGAGAUCUCACCGGUAGCAAUAUUUUGAUAAAUGCAGAAGGCAUGGCGUGCCUUGUGGACUUUGGACUUUCUACGGUUCUAGGAGGACUUGAAGGUGGAUCUUCGAUUGCUCCGUCAUCCCACCGCCCCGGUGCAAUACGGUGGACCGCUCCUGAGCUUCUUGGAGAUCCAGAGAUUUCUUAUUCGCCUACACCAAAAAGUGACAUCUAUUCUUUCGGGAGCGUGAUGCUACAAAUCCUCUCUAACAGAUUUCCGUGGUAUACAGAUAGAGGCACCACGGCUGAAUUUCGCAUUAUAGCCAAGCUGAUUGGAGGAGAAACUCCGCCUCGUCCGGAUGAUCCACCCAUUCUAGAAAAACACUGGGCUCUUAUCUCAAAAUGCUGGCGCCCGAUCUCGAACAUGGAAAGUCGUCCGACAGCUGUACAGUUAGUCGUCACUAUCAGUCAAGAUAUCGCCGACUGUUCAGGUGAAACAAAUGAUGCAUACCAUUUGUUCCGAUCCAAGCAGUCACCUCUAAUUGCGCACAAAGACUCUCAUCCCCCUCCCAAACCGUUACCUAGACUCACGAGACACAGGCAGUCACCGAAGUUAUCACGCCCGACUGAAGAUGAUUCUGUGGAUUCGAUUUUCGCGUUUUCUCCUCCAGACCACAAAAACGAGACGGUCAUGCCUCACGCUCCUGGAGUUUUGUUGCGACAAGAGUACGCCAAACCUUCUAGCAGAAAUUCUCCCAUAAACACGCUUUUCGUCGGUAAUCUCCCUAGGAGCACAGGGGAUUAUGGUGACUACCUUGAAACCCGAUUAAGAGCCUUGUUUUCUCUGCGCCCGGGAUAUAGAGGAUUACUAUUCACACGCAAGAGCGACGGGCGAAUGAUGUGUUUUGUCGACGUAAGAUAUUUUAUUCCACUCACAGCAUUCUGACUUAUGGCGGUGGCAGUUCCAGGAUGUACAUCAUGCUAC